AAAGUACUCCUCCGUCCCUCAUUCCUCCUCCACCAGCUACAGCUUAAAAGUUAAAACCCAGACUUUCACCUAAUUUACCCCCAAAUUCCCAACCAAAUAGAGGAGACGUAUACUUCCAGCAUCAACCAAACAACUGUUUUAUCCUUUACCAAACAAACAGCGCUUCCAAGUAAUUUUUUGCAAUGGCUUUGAGUUUGCGGCUGCCAUCAAUGAGGAUUCUUGGGCUUUCUUUGGCUUUGAUCGCAAUUCAAUUUUCAUUGUCUGCGGCUUUGAUCGCCACCCAGGACAUCAACCCUCCUUACCCUAAAGCCAUAUCUGAUUUGAGGGAUGCGAUUGUGAAGGGAUUAGGAUUUCAAGCUGAGGAUUUUACGAUAUCCGGGUUCGAUUUAAGGGACGCACAAGUGGGUAGAUCUGUGGCUUAUGAAUUUGACAUUGAGGUUGAUAAUAAAGUUCUUCCUUUUAAGCUUUUGGAGGAUGUAAACAACUGGGAUUAUGUAGAUUUACCUAUAUUUCGAGCUGAUCAUGCUGUGAAAAAUGGCUUGGUGGAGAGGCAGAAGUUGGAUGAUCAGAUGCCAGUCUUGGCUCCAUUUCAGUUGGCAGGCCCCAUGGAAAUUUGGAUUCAGGAUGCCAAGGACAUGAGGAUUUCACUGCCGCAUGAUGUCGAUGCUGGUGUUCUGAAGAAAGUGAUAUUGGCAGAUGGUGCUGUGGUCACUGUUAAGGGUGCUAGAUCUGUCAGCCUGCGUCACCCAAUUGAGCUUCCACUUCCCUUAAAUAGGACAAGUAACAGUUUUGCCUCAGGUCUUCUAACUCUUGCGGAACGCCUACGUUAUGCUUCUCGCACUCAGGGUAGCCCCCUGCUCUCCCUUCGCAUAGUUGGUGCAACAUCGCUGACAUCCCCAACCUCAUCAACACCUUCUACCACUAACAAGCUUAAGCUUAAGCGGCUUGCACCUGGCCUUGUGGAACUAUCAUCAGCAUCAAAAGUGAAAGUUGUGGAUGCUGUCUCCACAGUUGAUAUGGAAGGAGAAGCUACUGCCCUUCUUACUCCUAAUCAUUUCUCUACAUUGUGGCCUGUUGCAUCCAUCAAUGGGUCAAACCCAAACUUGCUUGGCUUCGAGUCGCUGCUCUCCUCUGUACUGGGUCCCAAAGCAAAUAAAAAGGGUUCUUUUAAGUUGUUGAAGGCAGAUAUAUCAGCUCAGACAUUUGUCAAGAUAGGUUUUGGAGUAGAGAAGAAACUAAAAGAAGGAGAUCAGCAGUUAAAUUGGGAAGAUAUUCCAGCCUGGAGGACAAAACCUGAGACAGUAAGAAUGCAUUUUGAAGUGUUGGCCAAGGUGGAUGGCGACAAGAUUGUACCAGAGAAAGUUAUGCAGGUUAAUCCAGUUAUUGUGGAGGAUGCUGUGGCACCAAAUGUGCUCAUGGGCAACACGACCAUGUCAAAUACUCCUGUUGUUCACCCACCUCAAAAUCCUUUCAGCCUGUGAGUUUAAGGUGUCUAGUUUAUCGAGAGAGUGUAAAGAAGAAAUUUUUCUCUUUUUCUUCAGUUUUCUCCUUUUUUUAUUUUUUUCCUGUACUGAGGCUUUGGUCGUAAUAGUAAUGAAGACCAUUGCCUGAGGGCUAUUAGAUACUGUAAAAGCUCAUUAAAGAAGAACAAAAGGGCUUGAUAGUGUAAAGUUUGUGAAUAUGAUCAAGAUAUUUCCUUUAACUAUUUCA